UGGAAGUAGGCACGUUUCGAAUCAGUAACGUUAGUUUUACAUCAGAAAUCCUUGGCACGUCUGAACAGAUAUGCUUGCUCUUGUACCUUUCUGUUGUUGAAACUGGGCAGUUCGUGGUAUCUUCAGCUGGUGAUAGUGGUGCUCGCUACUGGUUGUUUAAAGUCUCAAUACUUGCUAUGAAGGAACUAGUUCAGGAGGAAGCACCCGACAGUGGGUAUGGAUGCUGUGUUGCGAAUCGUUUUGGUCAACUUUUCGAUGACGAAUCAGACCCGUAUGACAUCCUUCACCAAGUGCAGGUGGAGAAGCCAAAGCCCAGGAAGAAAGAUGAUUCUAAGAAAGGGGUUGGGAAAGCGGUUAAGAAGGGGUCUCAAAGAGAUCGUAUGGUCGUUCUCCCAGUCGCCGGUGAUGGAGAACAGGGCUCUAACGUUAGUGUGAAAACUUUACCAGCCCAGAGACGCCCGGAGAAGGGCGAGAGACGAAUCAACUUCGCAGACAGGAGGUUGAAUGAAAACGAGUCUGAUCUUGGCUUCUCUGUGGAGAGACCUGUUGAACUGGGAGAGAGGAGUGCAAGAGGACGCGGAGGAGGAGGAGGAGGAGGAGGAGGAAGGGGCCGUGGGGGAAGAGGAGCAGGUGCUGGUUAUCCCCGGUCCACUGAUGGCUUUGACCCUAGGGGCAAGAGGGAGUUUGAACGCCACAGUGGCAGUGAUCGAACGAGUGUCAGACCAGAGGAGAAAAGGGGAGGCAGCGGCCCUCGUAACUGGGGGUCCAUGAGGGAUCAGAUGAGUGCCGUGGAUGAACCACCCAUUGAGGACAUGGGACGUGGAGAGGAGGUUCCGGAGGCAGUUGAGGGCAAUGCAGGAAACUGCCCACCAGAGGGUGAGGAGGUGGUUGAGGUAGCUGUUGAGAUGUCCUUGGAUGAGUGGAAGAACCUGCAGAAACAAAGUCGCCCCAAGAACGAGUUCAACAUUCGCAAAGCUGAGACUGCUGUACCCACCAAGGCAACCGUCAUCCAUAAGUCCAAAUUGCUGGAGGAGAACAGUGAGAUAACUGAGCAGCUGGUGGACGAGGAGGGCUGUGUCAUCCGUCGUCCUGCCAACGACAUCACCUUUAAGAUGGAGAUCAACUUUGGCAGCCUGGCUCGACCCUCACGUGGGGGGCGAGGUGGACGUGGAGGGCGCGGUGGCCGUGGGGGCUCCGGGGCUUCCGGGGGCUCCAAUGAAGGACAUCCCCAAACCUCCCCCAACAAGUCCAUGGAGGCGGUACCAAACCCAGAUGACCCUGAAGAUUUCCCUGCUCUAGGCUGAGGACCAGGAAAUGUAGCCUCCUGUCUUGGCGCUGUGCCUUUUCUUUGGUGUGAACUCACAGGUUUUUGUUCUUAUUGAGCUCACUGAGCUAUGUGUUUUUCCAGAUAUGUGUUUGGAUAAAUAAGCUUGUGUUGAUUAGCCUGAGAAGUUCACCUGUUUACAAAUAAAUAAUGCAUCGAUGAAA